CAAAAAAAUGAAAAGAAAAAUGAAGCUACGGGCAAUUGUGACAGUUUAAGAAUUUUGACAGAAAAGAAACAAAAGAUAGUACAGAAUACUCAAAGGAGGAACAACAGCAGCAGUCACAGAAGAAGAAGGAUGAGUUGAGUGCCGCAGUAACCUGCUAAUGACUUGGGCACUAAAGGAUGUCGAUACAGGGGUAAAUGCACUUAUUACGAGCGGAAAAUGCCAAGGGACAUAACUCGAGCAUAUAACGACAGAUCGCGUGCAGUUUUACGAGCUGAGCUGAGAUAAUGCACUGGAUUGAAGUCGACUCCAGAUAUUAAAAGUUGACUAAACUGCUGAAACAAAAAAGCACAUCGAUCGAAAAAAAAAUUUUCAUUUAAGUGAGAAUGUUUUGUGUGUCAAAACUGAUGUUUGUGUUUCGAUGGUAUCACUGCAACCCGCAGCAAAACAUGUUACAUGCAAAUGCACGGAGCAACACAAGAAAAUAAACCGAGCCUGAAACAGCCAGCAGUUCGUGGCCAUAAUAAUUUCGCUUUCUUGAGAGGACUCAGCUGUUCCGCUCGGUAAUGAUCAGUACAAAAGCUCAGAUAAUGUCUGUGUAACGUAGCUUUAGCUGCUUCCGUUCCAUUUCCGGAUGUGACAAAAUUAUCAGCUCUUCAGUCAGAAUCAGCCUCAGAAGGGUACUUUCUCAUCGAAACUCAGCACCGGAACGGAAGAGACACAGCCAGAUUGAAACAGCUUUAAACACAAGCCAGAAGUUUGCACAGAGUUGUUAAUUUGUCCUUGAAUAGAACUGGAAAUUUUUCGCAGUUGAGCCUCCGUGUCGACUGUUGUGGGCUCUUAGGUCGUCGUUGCUGUAGCAAGUUUAGCGGAUGCUCCAGUCAGGUCUGUAAGGACGAGACAACAGGAAGACACUUAAUAAGCAAGAGUGGGGAGAUGCAAGUUUGCUGUCCUUAAUUCCGAGGUCGGCAAGGUUUAAACAGCAACAGGCUUACUAGACAGUUGUUCGUCAGUGUCAUGUGUGUUAGUCUUCUCCAACCGUACCAGGUAGUAGGACAAAAGAGGAAACCACAUCGCCGACAUCGCUCAACUCUCGAAAAAUCUCACAAAAAGCGAGAAUACCUCAAGAAUAAAGCGGUUCCACCUAAUGUCAGUUAGCCCUCACCUUUCAUUUGUGUCAUCGAAUUAGAGACUUUCCAACAUGGAUGCCGAUCAGACUCACGCCUUUGUCAAAUUGCAGGUUCGAACCUUGUUCGUUAGCGGUCUGCCCAUGGACGCCAAGCCUCGGGAGCUGUAUCUUCUCUUCCGAGCAUACAAAGGAUACGAAGGGUCACUAUUAAAGAUAACAAACAAAAAUGGCAAAAACACUUCUCCGGUGGGCUUUGUCACCUUUUCCUCCAGGUGUGCUGCCGAGUCUGCCAAGCAAGAUUUACAGGGUGUCCGGUUUGACCCUGAUCUCCCCCAGACGUUGCGACUGGAGUUCGCCAAGAGCAACACAAAAGUAACAAAACCUAAGCAGCAGUCCCCGCAGCCUUCUGCCCCACACCCCACCAUCAUCCACCCGCUUACGGGCCAAGAGCUAGGUGCGGCCAUUUUGCCUAGCGGCCCGGAAGCUUGGGCUGCGGCCGGCCACCCUGCCUUGGCACCAUACCCGGAACUGACCCCCACAGCCGCCGCCACCCUGCAUCACCACACUACCUUGCUGCAGCACCCGGCCUUGACGCAACUUCCGGUGAGGAUGAGGAUGGUGUUUAACGUAUUUGAUGGCGCAUGGAAGGAGACACUUCAGCCGGGCACCAUCCUGGGCCCUCCCGUGUCCGUCACGGCUGUUGGCCACCCUCCGCUCGCCCCCACUCCCAUCCUGGCUAGCCCUGUAUCCAGCCUUACCUCGUCCUCCACGGCAGCCGCCGCGGCCGCAGCAGCCGCUUCCUACAACACGCCCUGCUCCACGCUGUUCGUGGCCAACCUCGGCCAGUUCAGCUCCGCAGAGCUCAAGGACCUCUUCAGCAGUUUCCAUGGGUUUUGUCGUUUGCGGAUGCACAACAAAGGGGGAUCACCCGUCGCCUUCGUAGAAUUCCAGGACGUCCGCCAGGCCACGGAAGCCAUGAGCCGCCUGCAGGGCUUUGUCCUCUUGUCGUCGGACCGAGGGGGCAUCCGCAUCGAAUACGCCCGCAACAAGAUGGGAGAGCUUCUUCCGCAAGGUUUGUGGCAGGCAAGUCCUAAUCUACCUAUCAGUCACAUAUAUGAAUAUGUAUAACAGUCCGCCGGCGUGUUCCUCAACAAAGCUGCGUUAUCCAAAUGGAACAAAACUAGAAUUCCCUUUAAUCCAGUCUCCUAUUUCCAUGGCGACCGUUUUUUGAUACCUCCAUAAUAAGCUUCACCGGAAAUGAGAUCCGCAUGCGCAGCAAGAAGGGAGAUAAAUUACCAGAACCAGGGAGACGAGCAAAUCUUUCAACUUGUGUGCAACUUUUUUUCUGGAUAUAUAUGUAUGUGAUAUGAACAAAUAAGUUGAGCUAUCUUUAAUAUCAUUGUAUUCAAAUGUUACCAGAUAUGAUUAUUAUGUGUUUGGACAGUUUUAUGACUACAGUACAGUCGGUGGAGAUUGUUUGUCUUUCUUCUUCAACGUAUCUAGACACGUGUUGCUUUGGGACUGUAAGGUUCGAGACGAUGUUAAAUCUUGUCUUCUGUUUCUGGUGUGAAUCGUCUAUACUUGUUUUCGUGGUCAAGAGAGCAUUGAAGCUGCUUUCUCUACUGACUUUGGUGAAAGACAGGAAAUAUUUUGUUUAUGUGUGUGCUUGUGUGAUUUUUUUUUAAACAUUGUUCCAUGAAAGCCGCUGUUGUGGACGUUAUCAGUGACUGUACAAAUAUACGAUAAAGCCACUCAGUUUGGACAGAAAAUCAUAUGUAAGUUUGUAUUGUUAGAAAAAAUUGUAAAAUAGUGUAAACUAUGUAAAAGUUAACAAAGUAUGUGUCUAGUCUAUGUACUUCACUUACAGUUCACAAAGAGAUUGAAAAAUGAAACGCGGGUCUUGUAA